AUGAGUGCGUCGACGUUUCCGGACGCUUCCCUUGCCCGCGAUUCUCAGAGCUCCGACUUUGACCUGAUCGUUCGCCAGCAGCCCAACCGGGCGCGCGUGGCGGGUGGGAAGGAGAAAGAGCGCAAGCCAGUAGAUCCACCGCCGAUUGUGCAGAUUCGAGUGAGAGAGGAGGGGACCUAUCUCGCGCAGCAUUACUUGCAGAGCCCUUAUUAUUUUAUGUGUUGCAGCUUGUAUGAUGCGUCAGAGGACAAUCCGGUUCCCGUGGCCCCGUCUACCGCUCUGACCGGCACACUGGUUUCGUCUCUCCACAGGUUGAAAGAUGUGGAUAAUACUGAUGGCGGAUUCUUCGUUUGGGGGGACUUGUCAGUAAAGAUCGAGGGAGAUUUUCGGCUCAAGUUCACUCUCUUCGAAAUGCGAAAGGACGUCGUAACCCAUUUGAAGUCAAUCAUCACAGAUAGAUUUACCGUGUACCCGCCGAAAAGUUUUCCGGGCAUGGCAGAGUCGACGUUCUUGUCCAGAUCUUUCGCGGACCAAGGUGUGAAGUUGAGAAUUAGAAAGGAGCCACGAACAUUAAUCAAACGACCUGUCCCCCGGCCAGAGGAGUAUCCGCAGCCGAUUCCGCGCUCGCCGGAUCGUUCUUCGAUCCAAAUGCCAAGCAACGCGUUCAGCGCUUACCCGACGACGAGUCGGGACUACGGGUACUAUGGACAGCAGACACACCCCAGUAAGCGGCCGCGAAUGUCAUCUAUAGAUCUUGGGACCCGGGGAAUGUAUGACACGGAUGGGCGGAUGCGUCAGAUGGAUACGUACCCUCAAACGGCGAUCUACAAUCAGCCAGGCGGCUACGCAACUCCUAUGAUGCAAGGCUACCCUGCCGGGCACACGGCGGUUCCAGAUUAUGCGAUGUCUUACGGAAUUCCGUCCUCCACUCAGGUACCCCAGAUGCAAGACCCUGGGGCACACGGUCGAUCCAGCCAGCAGGCCACGAUGCAGUCCUUAGGAAUGGUCAACGCGCCUGGUACUCCUACAGCGGACUCGACGGGAGCAAUGAUGCCACAAAGCUACCCUCGUUCGCAAUACCAGACUGGGUCCACAAUCCUUCCUCCUUUGCAACAACGGAAUCGAAAUUUUGCUCAAGGAACCAACGGUGCAGCGGCACGAGGCUAUUUCGAUCAGUCUUCUCAAGCAGCGACGCCGAUCCUUCCUUCACAACCUAUUGCUACCAAUGAAGUGGACAGGUACGGUUCUACGCCUGGCCAGGCGUCCUUUGAGCAACCUGCUUCAGCGAAUGGGACCCCGCGAUAA